AAUGAGAACUGAAUAGAAGAUGGCAAAAUAAAGUUCGACACAACUCUGCAACAAGUGUUAUAGAACAGUUGUGUUAUUUGAACAUAUUGGAAAAGAUGAAUUCGAACACGAAAAUAUCUCUUAUGUGAAGGUUUUGCUUUAUAUGCGUUGAGGGAGUGUUGAUGUACGUGUUCAACGAUGUGGGCGCUUCCCUUGAGACGAGUUUGAUAGGUGUCCCUCUAUAGCCAAGAUAUUCUGAGAUGGACUCAAGUCAUCAGAUCAGCGUCCCACUUCGCACAGGAGGCAAAAAAAUACGAAAGCGGCGGGAACUUGACGCUCUUAUUGCUCAUUCCUUCGGGAAAAAAAGGUCCAUUCGGCGAACUAUGUUAAACAUUAACUCACAGGAAAAAUUACUAUCUGCGUCCACCGAUGAUGCAGACGAUUAUACUUGCGUACAUAUGAACAGACCAAAAAAUACUCAUAGCAUCUGCACAAACCGUUGUCACAAUCGUAAAUAUUUGAUUUGCAAACCUUUGCUAGUGCUCAUUGCAAUUGCAGUAAUAAUAGGACUACUUUACUGGAUGCACUUGGAUCUACGGCAGGAGAUGUUUGUUUAUAGGAAAAAAAUUGAAGAAGUUGUCGUAAUGAACAAAGAUUUACCCGAUAUUCUUCAGAAAUGGCAUGAAGUAUUCACUUUACUGAGUAAAAAUCAAACUACAAUCAAUAUCCGGUUGAAUGAAAUAGAACGUACAACAGAAAAACUACGAUUGAAUUUGACCAAAUAUAAAAGUAAUCUAGAAGGUCAACAAAAUUUUGCUAAAGAAGAAAAAAUAAUAGCCGCAUUUGGAGCAAAAAUCGAAGCAGCAAUAACUGAUAUGGAAAGUUUUAAGGAUUAUUAUUCUGGAGUAAUUAAUAAGCAAAUAGAGAUGCAAACGGUCUUAAAUGACCUUAGUGUAAGUACAAUCAAGUGUAAAGAACAAGUGCUUUAGUAUUAAUUAAUAAUUGUCUUGUAUGAAUAUUUUUAAUAAUUUUAACAAAGUAUAUUUAUUUCGAUCCCACGAAUAAUAGAAUACCAAGUGUACUGGUAUUGAACAUUAAAAAGCCUCAAGAACAAUACAGACACAAAAAUACAUUCUCCGUUCUACUGCUCCAAUACAGUUUUAGAAGACUGUACUUGAAUUGAACCUACAAUUCAUAGGGUAAUUUAGUGAUAAAAUAUUCUUUUCAACUAAAAGCGUAAGUAAAGAAAGCGCUUUACUAAACUUCAUUAUUAUACCCAGGGUUGCAAAAUAAUGCAUUAUAAAAAAAGAAUUGAGAUAACAUUUGAAUUAGUCAACUGAAAUGGUAGCUCUUGAAUCUCUUCAGAUUGCGUCCCAAAUGCGGCAAUUGCUUAUUCACAUAUCCAUUGGCCAAAAAUGGGCGACAUCACUGAACAAAAUUUGGCUCGAAAACGAGGGAUCUCCUUGGAACUUUUCAAGAGCCCAUAGAGCGAAGCGAUGUCGCUUGGGAGGGCCGAGCGGUUUCAGUUCUUGUACAAACUGUAUUUUGUACGCUUUCAAUUUAAGAUCUCGACGUUAAAAGCGCCAAGUCAUUCCAUAUGUCAGUCCGAGUAGCUGGGAACGGCAUCGAAUCACUGUACACUGUUCGUGUACACUCUCAGCUACGGCAACUAAAUUUUUUUCACUGAAUAAUAUGUAAUAAUGAAUGCUAAGUCUCAUGAUAGGUGAUGGUGUUGCGAAUAGUACGCUUAGUAGGCCGAUUAUGUUGACCCUAAGUUGAGCGAAGCGCUCUUUACAGAACAUGAAUGUUUCGUAAUAAAGUGGAACAAUUUGUAAACAUUUUUCAAGCGUAAGUCUUUCUACGAUGAAAUGGCAAACAAUACUAAACAAAAAUAACAUGACAGCUUGAUACGACUCACGCGCGAUCUGUCACAAAAAGGAUAUUGAAAAAAGUACCUUGUCUUUGAACACUUGUUAUAAAUAUAUGUGUUUAGAAUUUUAUUGUAAAAAUCGUACUAAUUAAAUUGCAAAAAUUAAAUAAAUUGUGUAACUAAAUAAACGCGCAUUUUCAGUUGCUUUAUUAACUGUGCAAGCCGUGAGUGUUGACAAAGUUUGGUGUGAUCCCUAAUACAUUGGGUUCAAACAUUAACAAAAAUAAGAAAAAGAUUUUAUUUCAUAUCAUCAUAUGCAUACCGGAUUUAAAAAUAAAAAAGAAAAAUAAUAAUCUCAAGCAUAUAAUUAAGAAUUA